AACCAGGAUGAGCCACAACAACCUUCACUUCACUUUCACGUUCAUUUAACCCCGGUCCCGGACCCCUCGGCCGCGAUCCAUGCUACCCUGACAAGUCUAAUUUCACUCCUUUUCCUGGACGACUACAGCAGCCACUCCACAUUGAGGCAGCAUGCCCGAGACGGGAGCGGCAGCAGCAGCUGCCGCUGCAGCCGCAUGUAGCAGCUCCGCCGACACCGAGAUCUCACGGCACAGACACCGGUCGCAGGGAGAAGGGGAAAAGACAGACCAAAGUGCCGCCUCGCAGCCAACAUCAUCCUCUGGCGUUCUGGACAAACUGUUUGGGAAGAGACUCCUGCAGGCUGGGCGGCACAUCAUGUCCCAUAAGUCCUGGAUGAAGACGGUGCCCACAGAGAACUGUGACGUGCUCAUGACUUUCGCAGAUGCCACUGAUGACCACACAUUACUCUGGCUGCUCAACCACAUACGCCUGGGCAUCCCAGAGCUCAUCAUCCAGAUCCGACACCACAAGCACACCCGCGUCUACGCCUUCUUCGUCACGGCAACCUACGAAAAUCUGUUACGAGGUGCAGAGGAGAUGGGUUUACGGAAAUCAGUGAAGCCCGAGUUUGGGGGAGGAACUCGCAGCUUCUCCUGCGAGGAAGACUACAUCUAUGAGAACAUCGAGAGUGAGCUGUGCUUCUUCACAUCGCAAGAACGGCAGAGUAUCAUCAAAUACUGGCUGGACAAUCUUAGAUCUAAACAAGGCGAGGUCCUCCACAAUAUCCACUUUCUGGAAGGGCAGCCCAUCAUCCCUGAGCUGAGAGCAAGAGGAGUAAUCCAGCAGGAGUUCCCCCUUCAUGAGCAGAGGAUUCUGGGACAGCUGAUGAAGUCAUGGGUCCAGGCAGUGUGUGAGAAACAGCCACUAGAUGACAUCUGCGAUUACUUUGGUGUGAAGAUAGCCAUGUACUUUGCCUGGCUGGGCUUCUACACCACCUCCAUGCUGUACCCGGCAGUGAUCGGCUUCGUCCUGUGGAUGCUCACUGAAUCAGAUCAGACGAGCCGGGACAUCUGCUGCGUGGUGUUCGCGCUCUUCAACGUGGUGUGGGCCACACUGUUCCUGGAGCGCUGGAAGCGCAGGGGGGCCGAGCUGGCCUACAAGUGGGGCACGCUGGACGCCCCCUCGGAGUCGCUGGAGGAGCCCCGGCCGCAGUUCCGGGGUGUGAAGCGGUGUAGCCCUGUGACGGGCUGUGAGGAGUUCUACUACCCCCCGUGGAGGAGGCGGCUGUUCCGGUGGCUGGUCAGCCUUCCCAUCUGUAUCUUAUGCCUUUGCUUCGUCUUCCUGGCCAUGCUGAUAUGCUUUGAGCUGCAGGAAUUUGUGAUGGGCAUCAAAGAGCUACCGCGUAUGGCCAGGUUUAUUCCUAAGAUUAUGUUGGCCAUCACUGUGACUGCUUGUGACGAGGUAUACAAGAAGAUUGCCUGUUGGCUCAAUGACAUGGAAAAUUACAGACUCCAGAGUGCCUAUGAGAAAAAUCUCAUCAUCAAAAUGGUUCUUUUUCAGUUUGUAAAUUCUUAUCUCAGCCUUUUUUAUAUUGGAUUCUACCUCAAAGACAUGGAGCGUCUCAAGGAGGUAAGGCACUAUCUCAUCUGGAUGAAGGGCAUAAAAAGGAUGCUGGCCACGCUGCUCAUCAUCCGGCAGUUCCUGCAGAACGUCAAGGAGGUGCUGCAGCCUUACCUGUACGAGCGCCACAAGCUGGGCGACCUGACGCUCCGGGCCGUCUGGGAGCUGCUGAUGACGGCGCUGACCCGCUACGUGCGCCUGGCCGCCGGCAAGGCCCAGCUCUCGCCCUCCGACCCCGCCGCGCCGGGCCCGGGCCUGAGGGGCGCGCGGCCGAGCGGCGUGGGCCGGACGCGGGCCGCGCGCCGGGAGAAGAAGUGCUUGAACGGCGGCUGCGGGGUGACGGACGACGACGACGAGCUGCGGAAGGUGAGCUUCAUGGAGAAGGUGCAGCGGCGGAAGGUGGCGUCGGCGUCCGUCUCCUCGAUGCCCGAGGACAACUUCCUGGACGAGGGCAGCCCCACCAUGGUGGAGAAGGGCAUGGACCCGGCGUCCGUCUUCGAGAUGUGCGACGACGACGACGACGAGGAGACCAGCGGCUCGGACGGGAAGGAGCUCGGCUCGGAACCGGCCGUGCCGGCCACCGCGCUCUCGGGCGGCCACGAGGGCGCCUCCACGUCCUCACGUCACCGGCGAAGGGGCCGCAGUCUGGAGCGCGCCAACAGCAAGACCAAACGGGACUCCUGGAUCGAGCCUCCAGAGGAGCAGGAGUCCAACACACUCACACAGGCUGAGAUCGAGAGCUGCAUGCAGAAGUAUGAGGACACCUUCCAGGACUACCAGGAGAUGUUCAUCCAGUUUGGCUACGUGGUCCUCUUCUCCUCCGCCUUCCCCCUGGCCGCCAUGUGCGCCCUCAUCAACAACGUCAUCGAGAUCCGCAGCGACGCCUUCAAGCUCUGCACCGGCCUGCAGAGGCCGUUCGGCCAGCGCGUGGAGAGCAUCGGCCAGUGGCAGACGGUGAUGGAGUUGAUGGGGCUGAUUGCCAUCAUAGUGAACUGUUACCUGAUUGGCCAGUGUGGUCAGCUGCAGCGUCUCUUCCCGUGGCUCAGCCCUGAGAUGGCCAUCAUCUCCAUCGUCAUCCUGGAGCACUUUGCCAUUUUCCUCAAAUACAUCAUUCAUGUUGCCAUCCCAGACAUCCCCAGCUGGGUGGGGGAAGAGAUGGCCAAACUGGAGUUCCAGCGGAGGGAAGCCUUUAAGAAGCACGAGCGGCAGGCGCAGCAGCACUUCCAGCAGCAGCAGCGGCGCAAGCGCGAGGAGGAGGAGCGGCAGCGGCAGGCCGAGCACCAGGCGCGGCGCGAGCGCGAGCGGGAGGAGGGCCGCUCCGACCCGUCCGGCGGCGACCACCACCACGACAAGAGCCACGGCGGCAAGGGCCGCUCCGGCGGAGGGGGCAGCUCGGGCGGGGACAAGCCCAAGCGGCCCAGCUCGCUGCUGGCCAACAACAACGUGAUGAAGCUCAAGCAGAUCAUCCCGCUGCAGAGCAAGUUCUCGUCGGGCACGGCCCGCUCGCCCCAGUCGCCCACGGGCAACGAGCCCAAGCUGCCCGGCUUCCUCAGCUUCAAGUUCCUCAAGUCGCCCGAGAAUAAGAAGGAGGCGGCGGCUGCGGCAGCAGCAGCAGCAGCAGCAGCGGCGGCAGCCUCCUCCACGGGCUCGUCCUCCAGCACCAGCGGCAGCUCCGGCACCGUGGUGUCCUCCUCGGGCCAGGAGCGCUCGCAGUCCCCCAGCAAGUCCUUCAACCCCAGCAAACUCUUUAACUUCGGCAAGUCCGAGGGGGGCGCCUGCGUCAACGGCGCUCCGCUGCCGAGGCCCGGGGAGCUGUCGUCGUCGUCGUCCCAGGGCUCGGAGAGGGCCAGCAAGGCGGACCUGAACGGGGUUCCGGACGAGAUCCCGUCGCCCACCGGGGAGAACGGGGAGAACGGACACUCCACGGACCAUGAGUCGUCCAGACCCUAAGAUCGAAUCCUCUUUUUAGGAAAACAAAAAAAAGGGAAAAAAAGGGAAAAAUAAAUAGACUAUCAGAGAGAAGAUGAGAAAGGAGGAUGGUGUCAGAGGGGGAGCUAACUGAAGGUCUUCUGUUUGUCAGUGCUUUUCUGUAAAGCUCUUCAUGUAAACUUAGCCCUGCAAGCUGUUAAAGGAGGUUAAGGGCGAGACAAAGGCGCACAGGGAAGAUGUCUGGGUGAGAGGCAGGCUUUUAAACGUGACACCCCCUCCCAAACAUACUCAGACCACACACACACAGACACUCAGACACACAGACACACACACACACACACACACACACAUACACACACACACACACACACUGCUCUGCCAACCCUUUUCUGCAAUACAUGUAGGAAUGCAUGAGCUGUGUUUCUUAUACAUUUGGGAGCCUUUUCCCAAAGAGCAUUUGGAUUUUAGUAACGGGGUUUUCUCAAUUUUAGUUUAGUCACAUCUCAGAAACACACCACAGUGGAAAUACUUUUUUUGUAGUUCACAUAUAUUCAGUAAUCCCAGAGUCAAAUAUCAGAAGAAAAUCUCAAACUAUGAGUGACUUGAGGCCAGUCCUUUUUGUUUACUUAUUUAUCCCUUGGGUUUAAACGAGCAAUAUAAAUAAAAAAGGCAGAGAGACAUCCAUGCACCCAGAUCUCCUUCAGACGUAUCCUGAAAGGCUGCAGUCACUGUUGAGAGUGGAUAUCACCUUCACCUUUGCAAUAUCCUAGAGUUUUGCGAUACAGUGGUAUUUUGCCACUGUCUCUGAAUUUUAAACAUGAAGAGACGCACUGGGGCAAGUUGAGGCUCCCUGUCAAAGGUAACAGGGAGUUGAUAGUUGUAUUUGGAAACCACAUUUUCUGAAGGCAAGGGUCAAAUUAGACAAAGAUGCAGGGGCAAAAGCUUUAGAGACAACGUUGGAAAGUGGAAAGGAGCGCAAGUCAUAGUGAGGACUAGAUCUGAUAUGUAGAGUGGAGAGGAGGGCAUUCACAUUUUGAAUCCUUUAUUUUUUAUCUGCAUAAAAAACCCUGGACUGGACAAGAUUCAUUCCCAUUUACAGCUCAUGGUGGACAGACACUGGAGAAGACAUUUGCACUAUUAUUCUGCUGCCCUGCAAAGGUGAAAGAGCUACUAGCAGAAAGAGAGUACACCAGCCUGCCUCAUAGCAUAUGCAAAAGCUGGAUUUUUUUACCGCUAUGUAGACCCAACAUUACGGUCAACCUAACCAUUCAUUCCUUUUGGUGCUGGUUUUUAGCCAUGAUCAUGAUUUGUUAUCAUAUAUGUAUGUCCUUAAUUUCUUCACCAGUACUUCUGAUUUGCCAAAGUUGUAUCAAUUUUAGAAUGGUGGAAGGGUUUUCGAUAUAGCCUGCACAGAGAGCCAUACUUGUUUGUCAAAUUACAUUUUAAAUGUUGCGUUGGUUUAUGUUCUUGUAUAAAUGAAGAAAAUUCAGUUCCAGCCAUUUGCCAGAGAGUGGCGCCCAAACACAGUAUCAUCUGUCCUUGGUUAACCCUCGGCUCGGCUGUCUGGAGGAAAAAAUGCUUAGUGGGGAUUUCAGCACUGAGCUCAGGCAGCACUCCCAAUAAUAGCAAUGAAUCAUUAGUCAAUUCCACCAUUUUUGUUCAUGUGAACUGUGCUGAGUAAUUAGAAUGUGCCCCUCAGGGAGAAAGAGAGAGAAAGAGAGAGAGAAAGAAAGAGAGAGAGAGAGAGAGAGAGAGAGAGAGAGAGGUUUAACAUUAUCUAUGCACUUCCCUUUCAUACUCCAUAUUUGCCAUUCAUCAAUGAAUUUUGCAAUAAUAUGGUGAACUGGAGACUGAUGGCAUUGUUUUCUCUAAUGAUUGUAUUUCUUUAUUUUCUUUGCACUCUGCAGAUUCAUGUCUCACUUCGGGGCAUGAGGUUGUGGUUUUCUGUCAUUCUGCUCUGAUUGUUUGAACCUUAUGUGCGUCCUUUCACUUCCCCCUGUGAUCCCCCUAUGGAGAGAGAAGUGUACAGGACAGGACAGCAAAACACAAACUGCAUUUAUGUUGUUUAAAUCAUAUAUCUGUUCUCUCCAUACUAUGUGAGCAGGUUUGUUUAAAUGCUAUAACGUAUCUCCGGCCCGCCAAACAAGGUUGAGGAUAUUCACCCUCGUGUUAUGUAGCCAUAUGGUUUGAUCAAUUUCAUGAAUAUCAUUCUCCCCAUUGAUAUCUAAGAGUGUACUUGUAACAGGCCUCUUAAGAUGGAAAAUGUCCCGGCCAACCAUGAGGUAUAGAGUGAUUAGUGUUUCUCCUGUGAAAUACAGUGUGUAGUAGUAAAUUGAUUAGCAAGGCAAUGUUGUGUAAUGCAAUAAGGGAAGUUGCUUGGAUUUCAUUUGAAAUUUGAGGUGGGCAGCCACAAUGAAUCACAUAAUAGCUUCUUUUGUACUUGUUUCUUAUUUACAUAUUUAAAAUGACUACAAACUGUCAUGGAUGAGUUGAGUUCACUUGUCAGCUUGUAACUGCAGAAUGAAUUGCAUUCUGUACGACACUGAAAUACAAACAGGUGAUUAAAUACCUGUGUUUCUUUUUUCAUUACAUCUUAGACUGAUCCCAUUGGGACAGUUUAGUAAACAAAAAGGCCUUCACAGUUGAAUAAUAUCACAACACACAUUCAGAAAUUAUAUUUAGAUUCGGUGCAAGAACCAAUAGAUCUUUUAGAAAUGAUUCCCUUGAACCAAUGAUGCCGUAUUUGUAUUUAGUGAAAACCGUCUUCAGACAGUUACUUUUGGUUCUUGUGUUUUUCUUUUUAAUUAACCAGAUGUGAUCUGGUGGAACACAUUUGCCUCUAGAGCCGUACGGAUACACUGUGUGAAUCAACCAUGAUCACUCAACGCUUAGGUUCCUUUUCUUUUUUUUCUCAUGCUGUAAAUUAAAAUUGGUCUAUAGUGCCGCAGCGUGAACUGUUCCCCUAGAGGUUUGCCUGAGAGAUGGAAGGGUGAGUGGGAGAGCAAGACCAACACAUCUGAGAAAUCCUUCCCAGCCAGUGCUCUGACUAAAUGCCUCAGCCUCUUUACGUGCUCUUCCAACAACACCACUGUAAAGCUUCUUAUGUUUUCAUUUCAUUUCUUUUUCAAAGAAAAAGAUGUUAGGAAAUGGGACAAUUUAUUUCUUUUAAUUUAUUUUGUCAUAUUUUUGUAAGAUCUGAAAAUGAAUAAUAAAAACAAUUUUAAA